GCAACACUUAUGCAUCCCAGAGUGAAUGUAGUGGGGAAAGGAAUGUAAAGUAUGUUUCUUUUCCGGGGAUCUUGAUACUGUGACAGCCUGUGACUUCUGGACAGAGUUACAAAGCCAGACUGUUUUCCCAAACAACAUCAAGAACAUUAGUUAUUGCAAAACUAUGAAAGAACUGAUGACAGAAGAUUAAUUUUAGGAGUAUGUUGUAUAUCUUAUUGUUUUUGCUGAACAGCCAAAAAUCUACCAAGUUUAUUUCCCACAGUGGCUUUCAGUUUAAUUCCUUCUGUAAUUUUAGUUUGAUGCAGUGAAGAAUAAUAUUUUUAAAUUCAGUUUUUCUCAAAUUAAUCUGAGAGUGCUACAACCUCUGCAUUCUCACCAAACUGUUUAUCAGUGGAAGUGAAGAAAACAAGCAAGAUGACAAACUAGCUCUGGAACGGAAGGAACGGAAGGUGUUUUAUGACAAGGAUGGACUUUGCUUGUUGUGAUUCGCGCUACUGAGAAGAAUGGUUAUCUGGAAGAAACAGAUUUCCUGAAACUUCAAAGUGGAUUUCUCGUCUUCAUACUGGUUUCUUUAAAAAGAAAAAGAGGUAAUCAGUCCCAUGGCUGAUAUGAAACUUCGGGAACUAGGAUCCUCCAGACUCUACCAGCGCCGACAGGAUCGUCUGAGUGGCACAGUUGCAUUAUUCAGUGAUGGGAAAGAGAGGGCAGCUGGGAUAUUUGGUAAUAUGACAGAUGCCCUGGCGAAUGCUGUUUGUGAACGCUGUCGGGCUCGUUUUGACCCCACGGAGAGAAUUGUGAACAGCAAUGGGGAGCUGUAUCAUGAAAGCUGCUUUGUCUGUGCUCAGUGCUUCCGCCAGUUUCCAGAUGGACUCUUUUAUGAUUUUGAAGGAAGAAAGUAUUGUGAGCAUGAUUUCCAGAUGUUAUUUGCACCAUGCUGUGGCGAAUGUGGUGAGUUCAUCAUUGGCCGAGUUAUCAAGGCAAUGAACAAUAACUGGCACCCAGAAUGCUUUCGCUGUGAGCUCUGUGAUGUGGCUCUUGCUGAUUUGGGCUUUGUGAAGAAUGCUGGCAGGCACCUCUGCAGACCUUGCCACAAUCGUGAGAAAGCAAAAGGCCUGGGCAAAUAUAUUUGCCAGAAAUGCCACUUGAUAAUUGAUGAGCAACCUCUGAUGUUCAGGAAUGACUCUUAUCAUCCGGAUCACUUCAGCUGCACUCACUGUGGGAAAGAGCUGACUGCUGAAGCCAGAGAGUUAAAGGGGGAGCUCUAUUGCCUGCCAUGCCAUGACAAGAUGGGAAUCCCAAUUUGUGGGGCCUGCCGUCGACCCAUUGAGGGCCGCGUGGUUAAUGCUCUGGGAAAACAGUGGCAUGUGGAGCAUUUUGUUUGUGCCAAAUGUGAGAAGCCUUUUCUGGGGCAUCGGCACUAUGAGAAAAAGGGCCUGGCUUACUGUGAGACUCAUUACAACCAGCUCUUUGGAGAUGUCUGUUAUAACUGCAGCCACGUGAUUGAAGGGGAUGUGGUAUCUGCUCUCAACAAGGCUUGGUGUGUGAACUGCUUCUCCUGCUCUACCUGCAAUAUCAAGCUCACUCUGAAGAACAAGUUUGUGGAAUUUGACAUGAAGCCAGUGUGCAAGAAAUGCUAUGAGAAGUUCCCUCUGGAGCUGAAGAAACGGCUGAAGAAGCUUUCUGAGUUAGCUUCCAAGAAAACUCAUCCCAAAGCUCUUGAUUUAAACUCUGCUUAAGCACGUUUGCCUCCUCACUGCACACGUUUUUGCCAAAUACAGUCUGACUUAGCCACUCAUUACUUGAGAUUUCUUCAGCCGGCCUAAGACAAAACAAAAGCUCACCAAUUGUAUCUUACACCCUGAAUGUUUUUCUGCUCAGGUCUAAUGCGUAGGGCCAGGCUUCCAGAAGAAAGCUGUGGUUAUACAUGCUAGUGCACUACUUUCCCUUUGUAUUAACUUGGUUCUCAUGAUUUUAAAAAAACUUCCUUUGCUAUGAUUUGGAAUAUUUUGCAUUUAUUCGUCUAUGUUUCAUAACCAAAAUUAAGCUGCGUUAGCCACAAGUGGAAAGCUUGAGUGAAAAUGACUUGCUUAAUCCUUCUUAAAGCACAAAAUCAGCUCAAUAUCACACUUAUGCCAAAGAUAAAGAACUGAAAAAUGAUUGAAGCAAGAAAAAUAAGUAACUUUUUGCUGUCCACCAUUUUUUGUGCUGACUUGCACCUUUUUUUUUAACCAAAGGGGCAAAUGUAAAACUGUCCAGGACUAAUGUAGUGGGAUUCAUGUACAUUAAAUUUAAGAGAAACCUAGUAUUUUCCUCUUCAGGUUCACAAACAUGUAGGAGAAAAGAAGAGUAGGUUUAGCUUAAAUACAAUGAACAGUUGUAGCACCCGUGGGUACUGAGAAGUAAUUACAGCAUUGUAGCUCUUACUAUAGAAAGUUAAGGACAGCCAACUAAUAGAGGCAGUAUAGGCAGUUUACAUUUAUGUGGUAUAUUACUUCAGAAUAGUAUAAUGUAACAUCUGAGUUCAGACCUUAUGGCUGAAUUGUACUUACUGGAAGAAGCUGUCCUCAUUGCCUGCAUUUACUUACAUUCAGAGAUGAAGGCAAAGUUCUAAGCAUUUAAGCUUUCUCCCCACCUCCCUUAAUAUUGGCAUCAGUGUAGACAAGCUAUUGUAAAUUUUCCAGCAUCUACACCUGCUUCUAGGUGUAAUCUACAAAACAUUGCAGCUUUACUAUUCACAUUCAUUUCACCAUUUGUUAUGAUAUAAUCCUGUGGCAAUGCUGGACCAGCAAAUAAAUUAUCCCCAAGUUGUAUUUUCCAAUUAACGUGGGAGUAAAAAGUGUGUAACGAAUUAACAUCACUAUACCCUCCCCCCAGGCUAAUCUCAUCUCCUUCCUUUCUUAUUCCUGAACUAGAGCUCAGGAUGCAGAGCAGGCAUGAGCAAACUUGGGCCCUCCAGGUGUUUUGGACUUCAACUCCCAGAAAUCUCAACCAGCUUACCACCUGUUAAGAAUUGUGGGAGUUGAAGUCCAAAAUACCCGGAGGGACAAAGUUUGCCCAUGUCUGGUGUUGAGGAAGUGUGUGUCUGGAGGAUUUGUAGACUUUUGAGUCAGAGGAAGAGCAGGCACGAAAAUCUAAAGUACUACCACCAGCCAGUUAUUUACCACAUUCCACCCUCGGUGCUAGUAAUAAGAGGCAAAGUUUUGGGGACCCUGUGCUGGUAUCCUGAAUCACUAUUCCAGCAUGAAUAAUACUGAUUUCAUCAAAUCACACAAUUGUUUUUGUAUUCCUUCCAAUGGGAAAGUGGUGUAGAACCUAUUUGUGGCUGUUGCUUUUAGUAUAGAGCAGAAAAAAAAACAUGAAUUCAUUUUUAUACAGCAAUUGUGUAUACAAGAGAUUAAUCUUUUUCAUAGCUAAUACGGCAAUAUUGUUCCUUAUUGGCUACUUCCUACUUAUCAGCACUUAAUGUUGGUUUCUGCCUUUAACAGCACAAAAGGAUGGUUCUCUAGAACCAUCCUUCACCAAUAAAUAUUGUUUCACAAGUAAAAGCACAUAAUUCGCUAUAACGUGUAAUAUUUGUUUCUUCCAAAUACAUAAUGUGUUUUUGAAAGAGGAUUUGGACUUGCUUGGAAACCAUUUUCCUUUCAUGAUUUCUUGGAAAUGUAAACAGCAAAUAGUUUUUUAAGGGCUAGAUGUUCCUAGGAAAUUAGAUCAAUAGAACUAAGCAUAUCAGAGGGUUCUUAGGUGGAAAUGUUUAUGCCCUAUGGGAAAAUGUCUCCAUUAAUGGCUUAAAUGAAUGUUGGUGCUGUGGGAAUGGAAGAGCGAGCAUUGAUAUAGUGAUGGAUAUAAUAAAAUUGCUGGCUAGUUGUGCAUUGAAGGAGUGAAAAGUGUAGCUUUCUUGAAGCUUGUUUGCUUGAUGUUAAUGGCACAAAGGCAACUGCAGAUCAGGGACUCUUGGUUGUAAACAAGCACAAAAAAUAGUAUGUGAAAAAUGGAAGGAUUUUUAGUUGGUCCGGUUUAGCUUAAAAACAAUUUUGAGAUCAAAAAAGUUAUAGGAUUGCUCACCUCUGCAUGAGAAGUGGCAUUUGCUGUUGAAAGCAAUUGCAGUCUCAAAAUUACAGGGACAUGCAAAUUGUGUUUAUAUGGGGUUCAAAUAUGAAUUGCACUGCUUUGCACUGAAUAUGAUGUUGCUUGCUUGCAAUAUACUGUUAUAUAGCUGCGCUUUUUGUAUUAAUAUAUUUUACACAUAUGAACAUCACACAGGCUCAUGGAUCAUUCCUGAAGAUAGCAAAUACUUUUAGGUAGGAUAUUAUCAACAUUAAACGAAUAGUAACAUUUUCAAUAUAAUUAUAGUCUUUGUUUCGUAAUAAGAAGGAUGAUGGAGUUGUCAAAUAUUUUGCAAGACUGUCUUCAACAGAAAGUUACCAUAUUUAUCAAUAUAGACCUGGUAGCAUACUGGGAAUAACAGCACAACCCUUUGCCUGACUACUCAAAAACAAAUCUUACUAAGUUAUUCCCAGGUGUAUCAAGUGUCAAUAGUACAGCCCUAGACAUCUCUAGAGUUCAGUAGGAUUUAUUCUUAGUUAAGUGGGUAUAUGGGUAACGCAACAGGUUAAACCACUGAGCUGCUGAACUUGCUGACCGUAAGGUUGGCCAUUAGAAUCCAGGGAGUGAGGUGAGCUCUCAGUGUUACGCCCAGCUUCUGCCAAACUAGCAGUUUGAAAACAUGCAAAUGUAAGUAGAUCAAUAGGUAUCACUUCUGAGGGAAGGUAGUGUCACUCCAUGCAGUUAUGCUGGCCACAUGACGAUGGAGGUGUCUAUGGACAACGCUGGCUCUUCAGCUUCGAAAUAGAGAUGAGCAUCACACACACACCCCUCAGAGUUGGGCACGACUAGACUUAAUGUCAGGGGAAACCUUUACUUUUACCUUACCUUUAAGUGGGUAUAGGGUUGCAACCUUUAGUGGUACAUCAAAAUGCUUCCCGGUGAGAAUAAAACCACUGUAAUGUAUACAAGCUUGUUCAUUUUUGUACAAUCAGUCCUUCAAGACCUACAUAGUUGCUGAGCAGUACUUUGCUGUGGGAUCUUAGCACAAUAACUCCACAUACAAAAAGGGCAAAGCCUUCUCAAUUUAAAUACUGUAUUUCUCCAUUUUACUUUAUAUUUUUGGAAUGAUUGUUCACUUUUGCAUAAUAAAUCUUCACUUAUGGAAAAUUA